AUGAUUGAGCGCCGGAAGGGACACAUUGUCGCAAUUGCAUCCGUGGCGUCUUUCCUACCGCUGGGCCGCAUGGUUUCCUAUGUGGCCACCAAGUUCGGUGUUCACGGUCUGAUGGAAUCACUCCGGGACGAGAUCCAGCUGGAAGGACUGGAGAAUCAAAUUCAGCUGACAACCGUUUAUCCGUUCUUCAUGAACACGCGGAAGGAUCUGAUGAGUGGACUCGCACGGAUCAAUGUCAUAAAAAGGGUGCCGAUUUUCUCUCCCAAACUGGUGGCUCGUACUACUGUGAAUGGCGUUGUACACAACGAGCCGCAGAUAUUUGUGCCAAAAUUCUCGGGUGCCUUACUGAAACGUUAUGUACACAUUCCAAGUGAGAUCAGACAGCUAGGACAAACCCUAGUGUUUCGAAGUAGACUGCCAAAAAUGAUGGAUUAA